GCGCGCACACAUUCCCAUUGUCCAAGAUGGCGGCGUAGGUGCAGCGUUUAAUAGCCUAUGUUUUUAAUCGCGUUUUAUCGUUUUAUUAUUUUCCCCGCCACUCAUUGAACGUCUCUUUGCAGUGCAAACGCGCGUUUUGUUUUGCACACCCGACAUCUUGAUGUGCAAAGCGUCGAAAAUCGCGGACUUUGUCGUGCAUCCGGUCUGGAUUCUGUUUGGCUUUGGGAAAAGUUUGAGCAUCCGAAAAUGAAAAGGCAGGCCGAGCGGGAUUCCAGUCCGAGCAGAGCUCUCGCUAAACGAAUACGGGAAAGAGAACGGGACCGGGAAGCGAGCCGCAGGGAAGAUGCAGCCGCCGUUACUCAGCCUCCGCUCGCGCUGCUUCUCGCCGAGAGCCGGAGCUACCAAAAGCAGCAGCAGCAGCAACAACAACAGCGCGCGCGCAGCCGCAGCGGCGAGCGAGAGAAGCCCCGUGCGCGGGAAGAGCGAGCAGGCCUUCUGCCGCGGCCUCCCUCCAUCCUCCCGAAAAGCAAAGCCGCCGUCCCGGACCCGCUCGGUGGCAGCAGGAGCACGAGCGGACUGGAAUACAAGACUUUACUCAUUAGCAACUUGGGCUCGCAGCUGUCUGACGAGCACGUGGAGGACGGGCUGUUUCACGAGUUCCGGAAGUUCGGAGACGUCAGCGUAAAGCUCUCGCACACGCCAGAACUGGGCCGAAUCGCCUACGUGAAUUUCCGACAGCCGGAGAGCGCGCGAGAGGCGCGUCACGCCAAGGCCAGGCUCGUGCUGUAUGACCGGCCGCUCAAAAUCGAGCCCAUGUACGUGCGGCGUCGCAGCCUCACGCCGCCUGACGUCGCCUACGUGCCUCUGCACGGUCCGUAUCCCUAUAGACAGCGGUCUCUUUCACCUGGAGCCAGCGCGAUCCGGGACGUUAGAGCGAGACAUUACGUUGAGAGUCUGACUCUGCGGGAACGGGAGCGGGUUUUGGACUAUUACAGUGCUCUGGAAGAACGGAGCCGUGUCUUGGCAUAUCCUCUGCCUGAGGAUGAUUUAAUGCCCGAGGAUGACCAGCGUGCCACUAGGAACUUGUUUAUCGGUAACUUGGACUACAACGUGUCUGAGGCAGAGCUGCGUCAAGGUUUCGACAAGUAUGGCAUCAUUGAGGAGAUCGUCAUCAAGCGGCCUGCUCGCGGACAAGGCUGCGGCUAUGGGUUCAUUAAGUUCCAGAAUCUGGACAUGGCACACAGAGCCAAAGUGGCCAUGCAGGGUCGUGUGUUCGGUGGAAAUCAGGUAAAGAUCGGCUAUGGCAAGGCGAACCCCACUACCCGCCUCUGGGUGGGUGGUCUCGGCCUGAACACCUCAUUGGCUGCUUUGGCACGGGAGUUUGACCGUUUCGGCAGCAUUCGCACUAUUGAUUAUAUGAAAGGAGACAAUUUUGCUUACAUUCAUUAUGAGAGCCUGGAUGCAGCUCAGGCAGCGUGCGCCCAGAUGCGAGGUUUUCCUCUGGGUGGCCGCAGGCUGCGUGUUGACUUUGCCAAAGCAGAGGAGACACGAACCUACCCACAACAGUACCCACCACCCAUCCCACUGACCUCACAUUAUGAUAUUUUAGCUGAAGGUUUCGGCCGGCACCGAAGUCUGGAGCGGGAACUUAGAGCUCGAGCCCGCUCGCCUUCGCAUCCUCUUUAUACAGAAAGGGAACGAGAACGAGGGCUUCUCGAACGAGACUGGAGCCCUCCAAAGAAUACAGAGAGGAGGAGUAACCCGGAAGCAUUUGGUCGUGCGAGAGCACGCAGUCGUAGCAGAGAGCGCUGGGCUAAAGGCCAUGAAGAAAGACGCAAGCGGCGGAGCCGGAGUCGGAGUCUCAGUCCUGGUGAACAGUACGAGGAAAGAGGACGGUCCAGGGUGCGAGCAGGCCCUCCAAAGACUCCAGAUGACAGCCCUGAACGAACUCGUGGCCGCCUCCCAGACUCCACGUCUGAACCACAAGAUCAUACACCUGACAGCAGUCGUCAUUCCAGCGACGAGCGACAGACGCAGGAUGCUCGGAAAGCUGGGGAUCCUGAGCGCAACCAUCGCAAAACUGAUCCAGAGCCAGACUCGCACUCUGAGAAGCCGAAAAGCGAACCUAAAAAGCCAAGCACGCUUUCAGAAUACGCUCAGAGCCUCAGCCGAGUGUGGCAUGGCUCUCUCGUCCUGAAAAACAGCUGCUUUCCCACUAGCAUGCACCUCUUGGAUGGAGGAGCUAACUUCUUCCUUUCGCUUCUGAAGGACCAGACGGACAGUGGCAAGAUCACACAGCUCAAGAUCGCUCAGCGUUUACGGCUUGACCAACCCAAGCUGGAUGAAGUGAGUCGCCGCAUAAGGCUGGGCGGCACCGAUGGCUACACUGUCCUCCUAGCCGUACAGGGACCCAUGGAUCGUGACUCGCCUCCACCCGACGGGCUCCAGAAGCGCUUCCUCCGUAACCUGGUGACCUACCUCAGGAGCAAACAAGCAGCCGGGGUUAUUGGUCUGCCUCUGGGUGGCCCAAAAGAACGCGAGACAGGUGGAAUGCUAUACGCGUUCCCGCCUUGUGACUUCUCCCAGCAGUACCUUCAGACUGUUCUCAAAACUCUGGGCAAAGUAGAGGAGGAACAUCUGGUUGUUGUGGUAGUUAAAGAUUCGACCCAAGCCUAACCAUUGCAAUCUAUUGUUUUCUUUUGAAAACACAUAAGCGUACGUUUUUAACCCUCAAAAAUUUUACGUUACGUGAGAACACUUUUUUGUUGUUGUUGUUGUUAUUGUUGUUGAUGGAUUAUGCUUGACACCUUUUACACAUUCACCAUCCUUGAAGAUUUUAUGUUGUCCUUACACACUAUUUGAAAGCAACUCUCAUUUUCUUUUUUUUAGUUUUCAGUUGAUGCUUGUUUUUUUAUAUACUUGAGAAUUUUGACGGACUUGUUUUUAUCAACUUUUACUUCUUGAUUUGCACGUCAUUUUCAAAAUGUUUGCUGAUCUUCAUUUUACAGAAGGUAAUUUUGGAGGAUCCAGUCCAAUGAGCUAAUAUAAUGGAUAUCUAUUUGGCACUAAGUGAAAACAAGUGACGAGUUUCUGCAAAGUUUUUCUCCUGUUUUCUCAGUAGCUUCUUUUCACCAACGCAAUUUAAUAGAAAUCUGUUUUUUUUUUCUUUUUGGUUUGGUUAUCCUGACUGACCAAGUAUGAAUUUUAAUAUGUCAUAUGCACAUUACAGGGAAAAGGGUCAUUUGUCAUUGCAGGCAUCUACCUCUGGAAUGGUUUUGAUCGUAUUUUUAGUUUUUAAAUGACGUCUUCAGCUAUAUUUCUGACAAACGCACUCGGCAUAAGUGUGGUGCUGGUUUGAGUUGUGUCCAUCAACACUAUUUUGUUAUUGUAAACACUAAGACUUGUGCACACUAGUGUUACAUUAGUGCAGGAUGAUGUUGAUCAUUUUAAAGUUUCGUUUUACAGCUAAAUUAAGCCAUGCCAAGCUAUUUUAUUUCUUUCUUUCUUUUUUAUUUUAAUAAGCUGAAAUUUUAAACACUGUCAACAACCAUUUUUGUGAAAGGACUACAGUCAUUUAACACUAUUUCAUCCUCUCAUUCACCCUGAAACUGUACUGAAACACAUUCCUCAGCCGCUCCUGGACACUCCGCUUUCUUAUCCCACGUGCAGCUUUUACAUUUUUAUUUUCAUUUCCUCAUUCCCUCUUGUUGUUUUUCACCAUGUGUUUGAAUGAUGUAUGCUAUGUAUGGAAAAAAAAUGUAAGUAAACAUUUCAAAUUCUUGUUUUUAA